AUGUCUUCUAUUCUUGAAGAAGAGCGAGAGAUUCUUCAGGAUCUGGAACUUAUAGAGAAUGCAAUAACUAAAAGAAUAAGAUUGAAUCCAGAUAUUUAUAGUCCAUCACGAAGAUCAUUGGAUAUCGGCGUUUUGGGACGGAAAAAGGCGGCAGCAAAAGGUGCCACUAUGAUUCAAAAGCAUGAAAUUAAGUCUUUCAUCAAUCGUUACAAGUCGCAAUUAGAAAAGCUAGCAAUACUUACCUCAAAGGAGAACGAACAAGAAUUGAAACACGAGCUUAGAAGUUCCAAACAAGGAAAUUUGAACGAUCUUGGCAAGUUCACUAACAAUUUACAGGAAAUUUUGGAUACACCAGAAGAUGUUGCCAAGAACAGAAACAGUGAUGAACUUCAUUUAUAUGACAUGUAUUCUUCAAAUACCAACUAUGCUGAAUUACUUUUGGCAAGAAACUCGAAAGCUAAGAAAGAGGGCUCACUUAAGUCGAAUGACACCAGCAUAUUGAAUCAUAAACAUAAUAUUAUGAGUGCAUACAGUGGCAAAUUGAAACUUUCAGAUAUCUUUUCGAAGCAGGAAAAUUUUGGUCAGAUGCUAGACUUGGAAAGGUUUUAUAAGAUGUGGCUUGUGUUGCCCCGAGAAUCAAGUUUAUCUAAUGAUAAGAUACCAUCUUAUUUGGCAUAUCUUGAUCAAAUUGACACAUUUGAUGAUAGUAAUUUACGAAAAGAUACAGCAGAUGGACAAUAUUUCUAUUAUACUACAGUAUUAUGCAGGUAUCUAAAGUCAUUUCUGAUUAAAAUAAAUCCACUGGGCUUUCCAGAAAAGUCCUUUGAUCAAAUAGAAAAACAGUUUGAGACUGAAGAUUUUGCUGAAAAUAGGAAUGAUAAAAUAUAUUGCAAGGCCUGUGAAAAACUGUUCUCAAAACAGACUGUUUUCAACUCUCAUCUUAAAGGUAAAAAGCACAACAAGGCCUUGACUAAAGCUCAUAAAGGAGAAAUUUUGAAGAAGGAGUAUAUAAUUAAAGAGCUUCUUUCGACUUCUCUUUCCUCUGAGUUUUCAAGGACAAAAUCUGAAGUUGAACGUGUUGGUUUAUUGACUGUUCGUGAAAGACAAUUUGAACAGUCUAGUAAAAGAGACAUGAACAAAGAGCAAAACGAUUACUUUUACACUGACUCCGAUGAGGAAGAGGAAAUAUUGAAGGCCCAUGAGGGAAGUAAAAAUGAAACAUUUGAAGACGAAGAUGACUACUCAUCAUCGUCUAAUAUCGCAAUUGGACCAGAUGGUCACAAAAUACCAUUAUGGCUUUGGAAAGCGCAGGGUCUGAAUAACAAAUAUCGCUGCGAAAUAUGUGGAGACCUUGAAUAUCAUGGCAGGAACAGGUUUCAUCAACAUUUUCAAGAACCAAAACAUAUUAGAGGUUUACGGAUGCUAGGUGUUACAAAGAACUUUAGUGAAUUCAAGGACCUAAGUACUAUAAAAGGUGUUAUGACUUUAUUAGAUAAGGUGGAAAAGAAGGAGCGUCAAACUGUUCGUUUUAAGGAAUCAUCUGAUGAAGUGGAAGAUAGUGAAGGUAACAUAUUGAGUAGGAAGGCAUACGAGCAGUUAAAAAAACAGGGACUACUUUGA